CAGGAAGGAUGGGUGGGGCCGCGGAGCGGGCGGAGGAGGGAUGCCUGGGCUCUGGCUUGGUUCCGGGCGGGGCCGCGCUCCCGGGGCGCGGGUGGAGGAGCUUGGUACCGUGGAUCGGGCGUGGGCGUUGCGGACUGCAGCUUCCCAAGCCGCUGUCGGCCCGGAGGGGAGGCAAGGCGGACGGCGCGGGCCGUUUCCCUGCCUCCUCUGCUCCACUUCGGCCGCCUCCCGCCUCUCAGGGUCGGGGUUGUCUGUCCCCUUCGCUGUCACAUCCUCCGCACCCAGCGCGUGGAAGGUGCCCCAUCACGGUGACAGACAGGUGCCAAGCAGGCUGGCGUCUGGGAGGAACUUUGGAGCCGGCUCUCUCUAGGCCCCAAGCUUGGCCGCAUCCGUCCUUACCCUGGUGACCCUGGGCAGGUCGCUGACUCUUCGGGCGCCUUGGCAUCCUCGUUUGAAAGGGGCUGUUAUCCUGCAGCCUUGCUGGUCGGUGAGGGUGAGGGCGAGAGGGAUCUGUGCACCUAGCACCGUGCAUGGCACGUGGUAGGCGUUUGGUACAUGGGAAUUGCUGUUGGGGUGUCACCUCCCCAGAAAGUUCUCGGCUUCAGUAAGCGCGUCCCCUGCCAGGCGCCCUGGCAGUGCAGACGAGUCACCGAGCUCCGCCUUUGACCAGCGUGCAGCUGGGAGAGUGAGAUCAGAGACCACAGCAGAUCGUGGCGCUGUGAUCAGGGGGUGCACUCAAGCUGUGGGUCCCUUAGCCCAGCCUUGAGAUCCUAGGAAGGCCUGCAGCCUGAAAGGGGCCUUGAAAGGUGUAUUGUUUCUCUGAAAAGCAUCACCCAGGUCAGAAUGAAAGGAAACUCUCUGUGCAGACUGCUGUAUGUGGGACCUUUGAAGACAGUCAAAUAGUGUUCAAUUCUAUAGGGAUCUUCUCUGGAUCAAGCAAUGGUGGUGAAAAAUGUUUCGCAAAGGCAAAAAGCGACACAGUAGUAGCAGUUCCCAAAGUAGUGAAAUCAGUACUAAGAGCAAGUCUGUAGAUUCUAGCCUUGGGGGUCUUUCACGAUCCAGCACUGUGGCCAGCCUCGACACAGAUUCCACCAAAAGCUCAGGACAAAGCAACAAUAAUUCAGAUACCUGCGCAGAAUUUCGAAUAAAAUAUGUUGGUGCCAUUGAGAAACUGAAACUCUCCGAGGGAAAAGGCCUUGAAGGGCCAUUAGACUUGAUAAAUUAUAUAGACGUUGCCCAGCAAGAUGGAAAGUUGCCUUUUGUUCCUCCGGAGGAAGAAUUUAUUAUGGGAGUUUCCAAGUAUGGCAUAAAAGUAUCAACAUCAGAUCAAUAUGAUGUUUUGCACAGGCAUGCUCUCUACUUAAUAAUCCGGAUGGUGUGUUACGAUGAUGGUCUGGGGGCAGGAAGAAGCUUACUGGCUCUGAAGACCACAGAUGCAAGCAAUGAAGAAUACAGCCUGUGGGUUUAUCAGUGCAAUAGCCUGGAACAAGCACAAGCCAUUUGCAAGGUUUUAUCCACUGCUUUUGACUCUGUAUUAACAUCUGAGAAACCCUGAAUCCUGCAAUCAAGUGGAAGUCAACUUCAUCUGAAAGUUCAGCUGUUUUCAAACUGCAAUGCUGAAGUGUUAUGCAAAUAAUGAAGUGAUCCCUUGCUCUAGAUUUUCCGAAGAAAAUGGAUUGUGUAAAAUGCUGAUCAUUUGUUCAUUAAAAUGUUUCCUGUUACACAGUGA